AUGGCAUCGACCCAGAUCCCCGUUGUCAUUACCUAUCACAGGUCCGGCACUCAUCCCCCGCUCUACGUCGCAGGCACUUUCUCAAACCCGUCAUGGCAACCCCACGAGAUGGACCCCACGGUUCGGGAGGAUGGGGAAUACGACUUCAAGAAGGAGAUCCACGCCGAACCCGGGUCUAAGAUCGAGUACAAAUUUCGCAUUGGUAACGGAGACUGGUGGGUAUUACAAGACGAUGGGCCUACCGUGACGGAUAGUGCUGGCAACACGAAUCAUGUAUUGGAAGUGAAGUCGGAGCAAGAUACCUCUCACGGCCAAGAUACAGACGGUCAGGGACCACAGGGCAAACAAGGCGCCGGCAGCAAUGGUGGCGGCGACCGUCCCUUGUCCUACGCAAAGGCAGCUUCCAAGCGUCUCCAGCCUUCUACAGGACAAACUUCCACCGAUCGUUCGGCUACGGGCACUCCGAUUCCCGCUAAAGUUGCCGCCGAGGUCGCCGAUUCUGCCGAGCUUCUUCACGAGGAAGUGCCAGAGCGUGAGCGAGACGAAGCUGGCGUCGCCAAAAAAACACGCCGGCGCAUGUCGGAAGAGGCAGAAACCGCAGCAGAGGUGGCCGACAGUGCCGAAGCUCUCCACGAUCGCCAAGACACGAUCGUCAUCCUUGAGCCUCCUCCAGGCGAGGGUAGCCCUUUCAAGGUACAGUCACGCGGAGAAGAAACCCUAGAUGAUGAAGAGGGAUACAUUGCCGACAAAUCACCCCUUUUCGCUCACGAGUGUGUCGGCAUGUACGAGCCGCAGGAAGAAGCCGUGGAGGACGAGGAGGACGAGGGGGACUUACACGCGACCGAAACCCAAGACUUUGAUCCUAACAAGGUCGAUUUAAACGACCCGACCUUGGAGCGCUUCCCUUCGGCCCGAGAUGAUAUCAUGGACGCAGUUCGAAAACUAGAGUCUGGGCUUCCGACCGACCAUGCGUCCGUUGAUGGCAAAUAUUGUAGUCCGGUUAUUAACCCAUCACGUCGGGGGACCGAGGACAUCACAGGCGACUUCUCGCUGGGCCCCCCUCCAGCGCCGUCACCUCCAACACAACGCGCUCCGAAGAAGUCACCACGAGGCUCGAUUGGCUCAGCGAACGCCACGGCUUCGCUUCAUUCUAUCUCGGAGAGUGAGGAACCGAGCGAAGAACCGGCAGCGGAAGAAGGGUCCAUUUUCCGCCCUGCAGUUGUGUUUUCUAACCCCCUAAAGGCCAAACCCAAGCACCUAAACCUUCCCACUAGUGAUGAAGACGAGGGUGUUGCUUUGCGUGAUGGUGUGAGUCCUAGGACGGUCAAACCAGCUCGCGCUCCGUUUAUGACGUCCGAGACCUCACCAACGCACCUAUGCUCGUCGCCAGAGACGGAUCGAAAGGGAGACCAUCCUAAUGAACCCAACAACCCGACAUCUCCGGAGGCUGAACUAGACAAGCAUAAAGAACGAUCGUUGGAGGAAGUAAGAUUGCACCCGCCACAAUCGGGGAUGUCGGGCCACGCGAACCCAGCGCAUGCGCAGACUAGACCUCGGAAUCCGGAGCAGAAAGAGAAAUUCGGCAAGGACAACUCCUCAACCGGGUCUCUCAGCGGCAAAGGCGCCGGCGAGAACAAGGCCACAGCGUCAAGGUCAUCGAGUUCCAGCAAACCUGGCGACACCAAAGACGCUGCCACCCAGGUGUCGCAUGGCAGACGCCCCAGUUACGCCGAAGUCGCAGCCUCGCCACCUCCCCGCAGCGAUGGCCCCCCGGAGAGCAAGGCCAAAUCGCCGCAGCCCCGUGGCACCGAGGAGCAACCCGCGAGCAAACCCGCAUCACCACAGUCCGUAAACCCCAGCAACAGCAAAACCGCGGGACCCGAAACCCCCGGCGCUAGACGGCCGAGCUACGCCGAAGUCGCCGCUUCGAAGCCUGGCCCUGCCGACGACAAGGACAAGGCUAAGGCUACCACCACCCCUGCCGCCGAGUCAUCUACACCCACAUCCGCAACCACCACGGCCCGGGACACGGACACGGGUAUGGAUGAGCCCGAGUCCGCUGACCUCCGCAGACGAGGCGGCGUGCGCGACGAGCAGCCGGCGGCCGCAGGUGACGGUGCUAACCCCCCGCGUGUGCAGCUUAGGCAAGGUGGUGGUUGGAUCAGGGCUGUCUUCCGGCUGGUGUUUGUCGAUUUCAUCGGCGGGAUUGUGAAGAGAAUGCUGCGGAUGUUUAGGAUGGGCUGGGUGCUGGCCAUGCUAGGAGUGCGAAGGGAGAGGCAGCGGUAG